ACCAAUGCAACGCAACUUGCUAGUCCGUUUGACGGAAAGCCGAAUUGACCACUGCGGUAAACGCUACUGCGCACACAACCUUAACUGCUGACUAGAGUGCUAGCUGCCGACACAACCAGCUGAGAGGCAGCUACGGGAGGAAAACAGAGCAAAUGAGGUCCAGGAUCCAUAAUAAAAUGUGUUGGAGACGGGCCCUUCUCACCGGCUGGGUUCUGCUGCUGGUCCAGCUGCUGUGUUAUGAGGCAGUGCCCAUCAGUAUGGAUAAGACAAAAGUCCAAGAGCCGGAGAAAAAAAUAGAAGAGCCUCCACCUAGUGUGGACACUGGACUCCACUACGACCGCUAUCUCAGGGAAGUCAUAGAUUUUCUUGAGAAAGAUCAGCAUUUCAGAGAAAAGCUCCACAAUACAGACAUGGAAGACAUCAAGCAAGGUAAGCUGGCCAAAGAGCUGGACUUUGUCAGCCAUCAUGUCCGAACCAAACUGGAUGAGUUGAAGCGGCAGGAGGUAAACCGACUCCGAACUCUGAUUAAGGCCAAGCAAGACCUUGAAGGAGGGAAUGACAUUGCCGUGGACCACCAGGCUCUGCUGAAACAGUUUGAGUAUUUGAACCACAUGAACCCACAUACAUUUGAAGUUGAGGACCUGGAUCGCCUCAUCAAAUCGGCCACUAAAGAUCUGGAGAACUUUGACAAAGAGAGACACGAGGACUUCAAGAAGUAUGAAAUGAUGAAAGAGCACGACAGACGGGAACACCUGAAAGCACUGGACGAUAACGAAAGAAAAAAAGAGGAGGAGCACUAUGAGGACAUGAGGAAGAAGCAUGCUGACCACCCUAAAGUCAACCACCCGGGUAGCCAGAAUCAACUGAAGGAGGUAUGGGAGGAGGCCGAUGGCUUGGACCCUGAAGAUUUUGACCCAAAGACCUUUUUCAACCUUCAUGAUACCAAUGGAGAUGGCUUUUUUGAUGAACAGGAACUGGAGGCGUUGUUCACCAAAGAGCUGGAAAAGAUUUAUGAUCCCACCAAUGAAGAGGAUGACAUGGUGGAGAUGGAGGAAGAGAGGCUACGCAUGAGAGAGCAUGUUAUGAAUGAGGUGGAUUCUAACAAAGACAGGCUGGUCUCCUUGGAUGAGUUCCUGGUUGCUACAAAGAAAAAGGAAUUCUUGGAGCCAGAUAGCUGGGAGACCCUGGAGCAGAACCAGGCUUAUACCGAUGAGGAGAUGAGGGAGUUUGAGGAGCAUCUUGUUCAGCAGGAACAGGACCUCAACGAGAAGGCUGAUGACAUCCGGAAACAGAGAGACGAGCUGGAGAGACAGCAGGAGCAGCUCAAUGCACAGAAAAUGGAGCUGCAACAGGCAGUUGAGCAUAUGGAAAGGCUGAAAACACAGAAAGUAGAACCCCCUCCAGAGGUUCACGUCGAGGGAAAUGCUAUCCCAGAGAUGCAGGCGUUUGACAGCCAGUUGCAUCCUGAACAAGAGGCCCAACCACAAGGACAUCAACCUGCACCCCAAGAUCCUCAAUAUACACCUCAAGAACACCAUGAACAACAUCAAGACCUGGCCCAGCAGGGGCUCCCCCAGACACACCAGGAUCUGCCACCAGGCCACCAAGAAGCUGCACAAGGCCAGCAUCACCUGCCAUAACACACCCGCCAUAACAGUGCUGUCAGAAAUGUAAUCUCCACAACCAGACUUUUGCUGCACCUCCAAUCCAGCACACAAAGGAGCAGAUCCUCCUCUGUAUCAGGCCUCUAACCAGCAUGACUUACGGGGUGUGGUGGCUAUGUGAGAUGGAGAGCAGCAGCACAAUAGGAAUCCCUGCUGAAUGAAACCAAUGUUUGAUAACUGUACUCCUUUGGAUUACAUGACGGAAUUACAAUAGUGAAAUGACGAACCAAGGACGUGCAUCUUGAAACGAGCAUACCGACAUUUUCAAGUUUGAUUACAUUAGAAAUAAUCAAGAAUGUUUGGAAA